UCCUGGGCGGCAUCCCCAUGGUGGCUGUGUCAGUCCUGGACCCAGGUGCAGAGUGCAACAUGGACGUCAUCCUGGUGGGCUCCAGUGAGCUGUCGUCCCCCGGGUCACCAAGGCUCCGCAGAGACCGUAUCGCAUACGAAGUCAAGGUUAACCAGCGAGACAUAGAAGACCUGUGCAUCUGCUGUGGAAGUUUUCAGGUGUAUACUCAGCACCCUCUGUUUGAGGGAGGGAUAUGUGCCCCGUGCAAGGACAAGUUCUUGGACUGCUUCUUCUUGUACGACGAAGACGGGUACCAGUCCUACUGCUCCAUCUGCUGCACGGGCAACACGCUGCUCAUCUGUGAAAACCCCGACUGCACCCGGUGCUACUGCUUCGAGUGCGUGGACGCCCUGGCGGGCCCUGGGACCUCGGGGAAGGUCCAGGCCAUGAGCAACUGGGUGUGCUUCUUGUGUCUGCCUUUCCCCCGCUGCGGGCUGCUGCGGCAGAGGCCCAAGUGGCGGGGGCGGCUGAAGGCCCUCUAUGACCAGGAGUCGGAGAGUCCCUUUGAGAUGUAUAAAAUUGUGCCCGUGUGGAAGAGAGAGCCCGUCCGGGUGUUGGCCCUUUUUGGGGACAUCAGGAAAGAGCUGACGAGUUUGGGCUUUUUGGAGGAUGGUUCUGGCACAGACAGACUGAGGCAUCUGGAUGAUGUCACCGACGUCGUGAGGAGGGACGUGGAACACUGGGGCCCGUUCGACCUUGUGUACGGCUGCACGUCCCACCUCGGCCAGGCCUGUGACCGACCUCCCGGCUGGUACCUGUUCCAGUUCCACCGCAUCCUGCAGUACGCGAGGCCCCGGCCGGGCCGCCCGCAGCCCUUUUUCUGGAUGUUCGUGGACAACCUGCUGAUGAGCAAGGACGACCGCUCGGUGGCCACGCGCUUCCUGGAGGUGGACCCGGUGACCAUCCAGGACGUGUGCGGCACAGUUGUCCAGGAUGCUGUGCUCGUGUGGAGCAAUAUCCCGGCCGUGAGGAGCAGCAGGCAUUCGGCUCUGGUGCCUCAAGAGGAAUUGUCCCUGCUGGCCCAGGACAGGCAGAGAGCGAAGUCCCCCACCCCGGGACCAGCCAAGCUGGUGAAAAACUGUUUUCUCCCCCUGAGAGAAUAUUUCAAGUAUUUUUCGGCGGGACUCACUUCCUCUUCAUAAAUGAGUCAUUAUACCAUGAAAAACAAAAAGACUUCUUAGAACAAAAACAAUCCUGAUAUUUUCUCCGUUUUCUUCUACAAGUUAUUUUAUUUGCUUGACUUUGGACUUCCCAUGAUUGCUAGAAACCAACCUUCCCUUUGGGUCUGGAGAAGCCCCCCCCACCCCCAUCAUGCCCUUUCAAGGGAGGGGAUGAAGCACCAGGCUCACAGUGUGUCGUGUGCCGCUGAAACGUUUGUGUGUGCCGGUUGAGAAGUUAAAAAUACACUUAUGACGAGAGUUGGUCGUUUUUGGUGUUUUGAUAUGUAUAAGCAUAGUACUUGAUUCUGUGGGACAUGGGGGUGUGGGCAAGAAAGGCGAGCAGGACACACUUUUACAAGCGCGUGUUGCACGAGCUCUGUAUGUGCAUGGCGUGAAGCCGUCACGUGACAGCCACGGGCUGUGACAGGUAAAACCACUCACCCUCAUGACAGCCACACGGCACACCUCAAACCUGUGCAAAGCAUAGAAUUUCAAGCCUGGUGAGCACAGGGAGAAGGGGCUGAGAAGACCGCGCAGAGGCCAAGGUCGACGCACUUGCAAAGCGUGUGACUUCCUGUUCGCACUGGGCUCCUGAGGGCAAACCCUCAGACAGCAUCGACGGAGCCGCCUUCUGCACACGGGGCGAAUUCCAGAGGGGUCUUUCCAGAUUAGCCAGAAACCCCCAAAGGGAUCCAGGCUGAGAUCAAUACACACUCGACUUGUCCUGGACAUGACAGCCAGGACCUGGGGACCCUCGGGCACAGGGCUGGCGCUGUUAGUGGCAUGUAAGAUGCUUUGUGGUACAAAGGUGGGACUAAAAUUGGACUUUUCGAAGGUUUGUUUAAAAAUAUCCUGACAUAGAAUAGAAGUCUGAAGGUUAAUUUUAUGUGUCGACUAGGCUGGGCCAGGGCAUCCAGACAUCUGUUCAAACAUUAUUCUGGAUGUUUCCAUGAGGGUGUUUUUUGGAUGAGAUUAACACUUAAACGGGUGGACUUUGAGGAAAGGAGACUGCCCUCCAUAAUGUGGGUGGGUGCUACCGUCUGAAUGCAUCCCCCCCAAAUUCAUGUUCCCAUCCCCCCCGCCAAGGUGAUGGUGUGAGGAGGUGGGGCCUUUGGGAGGUGACUCCAGAGUGGAAUCGGUGUCCAAAUCAGAGACCCCUGUGAGCUCCCUGCCCCGUGCGACAUGUGAGAGCACAUGAAAAGUAUGCCAGCAGAAGAGGCCCCCACCUGACCAUGCCGGCACCCUGAUCUCACUUCCGGCCCCCGGAGCUGUGAGAAACACACUUCUGUUGUUUAUAAGCCCUGUGUGCGGUAUUGUUACAGCAGCCCGAUGGGAUCAAGGCAGUGGGCCUCGUCCAAGCCACUGGAGGCCGGCUGCAGUGGAGGCUGCCCAGUUCCAGACCGCCUGUGGGCUCGCCUCUAAUGCGUCCCUGGGUCUCCAGCCCUGCGCCUGUGGAUUUGGGAUUUAUCAGCCUCCAUAACCGCAUGAGCUGCUUUUUUGAAGUAGAUUCUGUCUAUAUACGUCCUGUUGGCUGUUUCUCUGGAGAGCAGAGAGAUGCAGACGUUUUCAUCAGAUCAACGUGAACCUUCUUCUCUGGGCUGACGCCACAGGUCCCAUGUCCAGGGGCUAGUUUAGCAAGAUCUGUCAUGAAACCAAGGGCCUGGCAGCCCCAGAAACAUUGAGGGAGGGGCUUGGGCACAGGCGCAUCCAGGCAGGGAAGACCUUCCUGGGAGGCCAAGCUCUGGAUCCAAGCUGACCAGAGACGUGUGCUCACAGCCGCAACUGAUGUGACAGGGCACAGUGGCACGCGGACUCCAGGCUGCUCCCACCUAAGGUAACUGGCGCUGUGGGGCCCAACCUAAUUAGUGUCCUUAUUCCAUCAGGCUGGUCCCAAGCAGGGGCCCAUAGCUACUCAGAACAGCUUUUUGCCUUCAGUUCUCUCCCAAACACCUGCAGGUUCCUCCUCUAAGUAUUUAAAUGCCAUCCACAGAGCCCCCACCACUCUGAGACUCCCUAUGGUUGGCCGAAUAAUAAUGACCCCCCCAAAGGAUGUCCCCUGUCUUAAUUCCUGGAACCUGUGAAUGUCAUCUCAUAUGGCAAAAAAGGACUUGGCCGACACGAUGGAAUCAAGAUGGGACACUGUCCUGAUUAUGCAGGUGUGUCCUAAAUGUGGUCACGAGGGACCUUAUGGGGAGAGGCAGAGGGAGACGUGGCCUCAUACAGCUGAGGAGGCCGUGACCAUGGAGAUGGAGUGAGCAGCUUCCAGCCAGGAGAUGCCGGGAGGAGGGUCACAGGGGCGAAAGAGGCAGGAAGGUCCUCGCCUGGAGCCCUGGCGGAGCUCAGAUUUCAGACUCCCAGCUUGCAGAGCUUCCCGAGAACACAUUUCUGUUACUUUUAGUCAUUAGUUACAGCAGCCACAGGUGCCCUAAGGGAAAAGAUGGGCUUCCUGGGACCAGGGAUCAUUGACUGACGCCUGUGAUGUCACAGGCACGUGGCUGUGGGGACCUCAGGGAACUGCUGUGGGGCAGCUGAGGGGGAGCCUCGCUUUCCAGCAUCACCGUGCACCUUGCUUCCGCGCCUGCACCCAGAGCUUCGAGUCCCCAGGAUGAAUACAACUCCUGCUUGGUCUCCUGGUCAGCCCAGAUAGUCCUGGAGGGGGCUGCUCCCUCCACACCUUCUAUUGCCUGAGAAACGUCCCUGCAGGAAGCGUGUGGCGUAUAGGUCAGUUUUUUCAUUUGUCUUAGAGAUCUCUCUUUGUAAGCCACGUGCCAGCACUAGUGUGAGUGCUUUAUGUGUAUCAAGUCAUGAGAAUCAUGCACUAACUCAGCUGUGUUAUGAGGAAGAUGACGUAACUCUCGCCACUUCACAAAGGGUAAAGUGCAGGCACAGAGGGGUCACAUAACUUGACUGGGGUCACUCAGCUCCUGAGGGUCAGAGCUGGGACUGGAACCCAGCACGCACUUCUCAGGUCGAGGUCCCUGGGGUUGGUCUUGGUUUUACUCCUGGGGGUGCCCUUCCACCCAUGACCCCAGUCCUGCCUGGGUGUCCCCUUCCAGGCAAGCUGCAUUCCCUGCCACUUCACUGCCUGCUCAAUGAACAGUAUGCUCCCUGGGCCCAGAGUCCCGGCUGUUGGGUGGGCCUGGCAGCAGCACUUGGCCUUCUGGGGUCUGGGGCUAGGGGGCUGUGCAGGAAGCAGAGCCUGGCCCCUCCCCCACCAGCCACAGCACCUACCAGCUCUUCCCUGUCGGCCCCCGCAGGUCCCCCGCCGUAGAGCAGUGCCCAGGCUGCUCGAAGGGCUGCACUCCUGGACGCACCCGACUGGGCAUCUUCCCUUCCCAACUCCACAAGGAGCGGAUACCCUCUGCCGGAGACUUUAACCAGGGGUGGCUCUGCAUUCUCCUGCACCCAUUUUUGCCCAACAGCCCUCGAGAUUGCACGUGGGGUCCACCACUCCCCACUCCGCAUCCUUGAGAACAAGCGGGGAUUCCCACAGGAGUGGGAGUAAACCGUCAGCCCAUCAGUGCAGCGCAGCCUUUCCCUGUCCAAUCUGAAUGAAUCACGGGACCUGGGGGCGGGGCUGGGCGCGGGCAGGUGCGGGAGGUGGGGCGCACCUAGCCGGGCCUCCCUCCUCAUCGGCAGGAACGCUGAGGCUGGCCCUCUCCAAACAUGGUUCUCGGCCAGCUGCUGCCAACGCAUGGCGAGAGAAACCAAAGCCUUCGACAUCAUGUCCCCUCCAGCCCCGCUGGGCCUGAUGAGGUGCUCCCCCUCCUGUGUACCCGGCGGCAUUUGUCGAAGCCCCGGCAUUGGACCGCACUGGUUUUCUGGUUCCGGAAACGGGGUGCGUCCUGAGACGAUGCUCUGAUUUGAUUUCUGCACACCCACUGCUUUCCUAGCCAAGCUUCACCUUUCAUCCCGACCCCCGUCUCCCAAGUUCGAAUUGUCUGUUCCCUCACUGGACGCUUGAACGGGGCCCCGGCCGCUCCCUGGCCCUGCCCUCCCCGGGGAAAAGGGAGAGUGGCCGC